UGCUUGAGGUCGAAUUACAAGUCGAUUUUAUUUUCAAAAAAUCCUGUCUUAUAUACUAAAAUUCUGUGGGAAAAAGAACAUGAAAUGCAUUACAUCGAUCUUCUUCAUCCUAACGCGGUAUGCCGAUACGUUUGAUGCUAUGCAUCGUCCUAUGCAUAUUCGAUAGGCUAAAUCUGUAGCUCAAGUGCGUAUGUUUAUUUUCCUAUCUUUUGCCUGUGCGUCGUUUACCCUAUUCGUUUAAUGUUUUUUCCUUCACUGUACUACGGAUAAUACGUGGUUGGCCCCUUUUUCGUGAAACUGAUUGCGCAACGAUAAUGUAUGUGCUGGGCUCUAGCUUUAACCGUUGUUAAAGCCCAUGUUCUUUAUUCUCGUAUUUUACCACAAGGCCUUUAUUUAUGAUUUCCAUAAGUCUGGAUAUUGUCCCUCUUCCGCUUUUAAUAACGCACCAUACUGUCGUUUUCUCAUGGUAAGAGGUCGCCAUCUGUGAGUUCAGGUUUAGGUGAAAGAUAUUUAAUUAUUUAAAGUUGUUUAUCUAACCUUCGCAUGCCGUUAAAUUUAUUUCAAUUUGUCGCGUUCGUAACAUUCCGGCCCUCGUAAAACGACUAGUUUUACCAGAUAAACGUGACGUAAUUACUUAGAUAUUAGAUUGUUAAUGCCCUAGUUGAUUUCACUCGAUUUAAUUUUGAACUCGAUUGUAUCGAUUAUGAACUUGAGACUUUUAGUAAUAAUAUAUGUGCCUCUCGCCGUUGAAGUAAUAUUUCCCAACCGUGUUGAACAUGAUAAGUGUUUGGACCAAUACUUCUGAAAUUAAAGUACCGAAUGAGAAGCCUUGAAGAUUUGGUUGUUGACUUGUUAUUACUCUACGAAUUACAUACAGAUGAUGCUGUUCUCGUAUUUCUUUGCUCGUAUAUCAUGUCUUUCAUUUUUUGCAGAUUUUCAUAGUCGUAGACUCCACUUUCCAUCAGAUUUGGUUAAGGUAUAUAUGACCAAGUUGUAAUAAUGUCGGUUGUUAUUUCUGGAUGAGGGAUUGUUUCUCUUAACCUGUGAUCAAUGGUGUACCAUCUUCCACCAAUGUUAAAUUUAGCAGGUAAUAUUGGAGAACAAUCGAUUUGAGUACGUACCUCUUUGUUGUAACAUUUUCUUUAUGUUGUUAUAUUUCACUGGUAUUUCCUGAUAGCAAUCAUCUUUUCUGUCGUAAGUAACGAAUACUGGCUUGCAUUCGAGAAUAUACCAUACUUUCGCGGCGACUACUGCUGUAUAACGUGGACGUUUUACAAGAUUUGAAACGAACUAGCUGGGGUUUGAGCGUGAGUUAACAACCUGCGUUGUCAACUCAGCAUUUCCUAGUGUUGUCAACCGCCACCGGCCCGAAUGCACACGAUCAGCAAACAGCGUCGAUCAGCAAACCGUGUUGAUCUUCUGACCUAGUUACCGAUUGCAAAACAUGCAAUAGCCGAAUCAGCAAUAGUCAUCAAGAAUCUUCAAUACCUUUCCCUUCCCUAUCCAAUUCCCAAUAACCAACUUGUGUGUAAAUCAAACUUAAUAAACUCACACCGAUUUUGACCGCAUAACAAGCAAGUCUCGAUUUCCUUCGUCUGUGUCCGAACCCUAUAGUUUUAACUCGUGCAAGCGCUAGUUUGGUCUCCAUUAGCGCUUUAUCUAUUUUACACAUUUCUGUCAUUACCGUUGUGUAAACGUCAUUCAGCUUCUGUCCUAGAUAACUUUCUACCAGCGUUAUUUUGGAGUUAAAAUAGGUUAAGAGAUCCAUAUUUCUCCCAUUUACCGCCUUGAGUUUGAACGGUGAUUGGUAACCGUUUAAAUCAAGGAUGAAGAUUCUCGGGUGAUCGGUUACGUAGCUGUCGAAGCCGCAAAUUUGUUUUAUGUCGCGGGCCCUUAUGGAAAACAAAUUCUUUUGUUAUUAGGGUGUACACAGCAUUUUUAUAACCGUUAACUUUGUCGUUGUCAAACGUCUUGUUUACCGUGCUCUCGUAUAUUAUCUCAAAUUCGGUUCUUUCGCACAACCUUUGAUGAUCUAACUCCCAAGUGAAGUAUCCGUAUUCGGCGUCGAGACACCAACCGGCACUAUAUGGACACGUAAUACCAUUUCUUAUUAAUUUUUGGUCGUCUUCGAUGUCCGCUGAUGCUGUGUAUUCGAAUCGCCUGAUUUCGAACUCGUAAAACACCAAUGCGUUCUCCCAAGUAUAGAUGGACGUCUUGUAGACCCCUCCGGUGCACGAUGAGCCCUUGACGCUGCCAAUUACCAGUGUUUUACCUCUUAUUGUUUGAUUACGACUAAUUUCUGUUAUUUUAUGAUUAAACGUGAGUGAAAUUACUCCUGAAUAUAGUCUUUUCCCUCUUGAUGGAAAUUUGUAAUAUGAAUUUCUUCGAUAGUUUUUUCUACUAUAUUUUGCGGCCACUUAUCUUCUGGCAUUUUUAAGAAUUGUGCCCUGUUAAGCAUAUUGAAGGUUUUGUUAUUAUUUUUGUCGCUUCGUCUGCUGGAUUGUUUUCUGAUGGUACCCAUUUGUAUUGAUUUACCGUUGUGAUCUAAUAUCUAAUAUCUCGCCGAUCCGGUGCGCAACAAAAUGUCUAUAUUUGCGGUGAGAUGAAUUUAUCCAUGCCAGAACAGUUUUAGAAUCAUUCCAGAAUAUCGAUCUGGUGAUUUUCAUUCGUGUUUUUUUCUAUAAUUGUUUCCCAUAGUCUUACUCCUAACAGAGCUGCUUGCAACUCCAUUUUAGGAAUCGAUAGUCCCUUUAUAGGAGCUACUCUAGCCUUAGCAGCAAGAAUUUUGACGUGAGCUCCAGUGUCCAGUGUCUGCGCUUCUAGCAUAUAAAACGGUUGCAAAGCAGCAUAUAAACGGUUGUAUAUCGGAUGCAUCCACAAAAACGUGUAAUUCUAUUUCCGAUUUAAUAGACGUGUUUAAAAUCCAUCUCGGAAUGCGUAUAUGAUUGACCAAUUCAACACGAACUAGCCAGUCGUUCCACAUUUUGUUUGAUUUAUCCAAAAUUGGAUGAUCCCACUCAUUUGUUUCCUUAUGUAAUUCUUGCAUUAACAUUUUACCUUGUAUUGUGACGUGAGAUAUUAGUCCCAAUGGAUCAAAGACACUCAUUAUAAACGAUAAUACUUGUCUUUUUGUAGGAGGUCGUAAUUUAUUGAGGACUUCUGGUGGAAGCUCUUUCAAUUUGGCUCGAAAACCUAUGUUAUCUUUUCUGGUAUUCUAGUAUAUCCCUAAAAUUUAAGAGGAUUCGUUAUUUUUACUGUCCAGAAUUUACUUUGUCUAAUUCAACUCUUUCUUGUGGUAUUGACGUGAGUAAUUCUUUGUUUUUUGAGCAAAAUUUUGUUAUAAAUAACCCGCCUUGUUGGUGAGCUUGAAUUACUUGUUCGAUCGUCUCCUUGGCAUCUUUUAGAGAGUUAACACUGUCAUUAUAAUCAUCAACAUAAUGUUGAUUGAUAAUGGGUUCCAAUGCAAGAGGGUAUUUUUCUGUCAAUCUCUCGGCGUUAUCGUUUUUAGCGGCUUGAGCGCAUGAUGGUGAGCAUGUCGAACCGAAAGUCAUGACUUGCAUGACAUAGAUGUCUGGAUAGCGGUUUCUUAGCACAAUCUCGCCAUAUAAAGCGUUGUGCGUUUUGAUCUUUUUUGCGAAUUCGGACCUGAUGAAACAUUUCUUUUAUAUCUCCGCAGACGGCGUAUUUACCCAACGAGACAGUUUUGACCGUUUUCGAACAAAAGUGUUCUCUCUGUCUAAUCGUUCUCAGUUAUUCCCACGCUGAGAUAGCAACGCGAGAGAUUGCGAGUACGACGGCGGCUUUAUUUUUUCUCAGUCAAGAAACGGUCAGAGAUUUGACCGUACAAACUCAUACGCUGCACUCUCAUAACCGGCGGUUCUGUACAUUUGUGUGCGUGCAUGUUAACCGAUUUUAUUUUCUAUAACGCGUCGCUGACUCUUCUUUACAUUCUUCAUCGUAUUUUACCUUCGUUUAGUGUUAUUGUGGUUUCAUGUCAACUUGCGAACAGGCAGAAGUUUUGUGUGAAGUUUAUGGUUUUAUGUGAACAUUUUGAUUUUUUUUUUAAAUGUCGGAUAUAAAACGUGCACGGAAAAGUGGAAGAUUUUACCGGCGGUCGAACAAGUUUAAGGCGCUGAAUCCAUCAGUUGAAAUUGGACAAGAAGCGACACAAGCUGAAACAUGCCCCCAAUCGUUACCUUUAGAUCUAUUUGAAGAUGAAUCUACAGUACCACCAAUCGGUAUAAAUGAACCCCAAAUUGAGGACGAAGAUGAACCAUUGGUAGAUUACAUGUUUUCUGAUAAUGAUGAUGAGGAUGACGAUAGUUUUUUGAAAAAUGACAAUGCUCUAACGCUGGAUAAGUUGUCCGUAGUAGACGGAAUUCGAUAUUGGGCAUUGUCAACAAAUGCCACGCAUAAGUCCAUUGACAUGGUGUUAAAGUUAUUCCGAAAGGUUAAUGUAAAAGUCCCUGCAACUGCUAAAACCUUGCUGCAAACGAAACGAAACGCAUCGUCAGAAAUAAUGGAAAUUGGAGGAGGACAAUUUUGGUACCAUGGCAUUAAAAAGUGUUUGUGUAAUUACUACCGAUACGACAAGCCGCCAUCGAAGCAACUGACGCUGACUAUAUCCAUUGAUGGAUUACCGUUGCAUAACAGUUCUGCAAUGCAAUUCUGGCCAAUACUUUUUAAAAUAGUAGAGGAUUCAAAAGCACCGGUAAUGACUGCUGCUAUUUUUUGCGGCUAUAACAAACCAGAGAGCACCGAACAGUAUCUCCGCCCAAUGGUUGAGGAAUUGAAUGAUUUAAUAUCCAAUGGUUUAGACAUGCACGGUGAAAAUGUCGCCGUUAAGCUUUUGGCCAUAGUUGCUGACACGCCGGCAAGGUCGUUUGUGAAAGGUGUUACUAGCCACACCGGCUACGGAAGCUGUUUAAAAUGUACUAUCGAAGGAGAGUAUUUGGGCCAUAAAGUUACAUUUGUCGGUUUAAAUGCUCCAAAACGAACAGACCAAGCAUUCAGAAAUGACGCUUAUCCCGGACACCGCAAAGUGCACACCCCUCUGUUGGACAUUCUAUUUUUCGACAUUAUUGAAGAUAUAUGUGUAGCAGAUCGGAUGCAUCUUAUUGACUUAGGAGCAACAAAGCGGUUGCUUCUGGGAUGGCGAGACGGUACAUUGGGCAUAAAACGAUGGACGGAAAAACAAUGCAAACGGAUUUCGGAGGCUUUUCAAAAGUACUAAAACCUCUUGAAGUACAUAGGAAACAACGCCAUCUCAAAUACCUCAAUCAUUGGAAAGCAUCCGAGUGCGCAUUUUUUUUGCAUUACGCGUCAUUUGUCAUCAUUAAAGAUCAUCUGCCUGUUGAGGUGUACAAACACUUCAUGCUACUGUUUUGUGCCAUUACACUGUUUUCUUCAACAGUUCAUAAAAGUAAAUGGCACGUUGCAGGUCAGUUACUAAACAAAUUUGUUGAAAACUUCCCUAGCGUGUAUGGCAGACAGUACAUGACAAGCAAUUUUCAUAAUUUGCAACAUAUUUAUGAUGAAAUGCUCAGGUUUGGGUCACUAUCACUAAUUUCGACAUAUCCUUUUGAAAACCAUCUUCAAUUUUUGAAACGUCUUCUCCGUAGUGGAUGGAAGAGCUUGGAACAAGCCAUUAACAGACUCGCAGAGUUGGAUGAAUUUAAGAUUCCUAAAAGUAAAGAUGCUUGUUAUCCAUUAAUAAGUGAAAAAAAGAAAACAAUCAGUGUAACUGUAAGAGAAGAUUUUGUAUUGCAAAAUGACCAAAGAAAUUGUUGGUUUUUAACAAAAGACAAUAGUAUCGUUAAAUUUCAUUCAGCAAAUCAUGUUUUAGAAACAGGUAACAACAAAAUAUGUAUCAGAGGACCAAAACUAAAUUCGAAAGAGUUAGUGUUCGAUGACCCAAUUGAAUCAAGUGAAAUGUUUAUAUUCAAAAGCUUCAAUAAUGCUUUGUCAGAAACUACGUUCGAAACAUACACUGAUCAAAUACUGUGUAAGUUAGUAGCUCUUCCAACCAGCUCUGUGCAAGAAAUAGUGUUUGUUCCUUUAAUACACACAUUGAUAGAGUAGAUGUGCUUUGAAUUCAAUUUAGAUA